UCGAUCGAAACGUUUAGCAUGGACGGAACAGCCGGGACCGAGGUGCACGUGGCGCCGGGCGCCAAAUUACCACAGAAACGGUUCUACCGACAGCGAGCCCAUUCCAAUCCGAUAGCGGACCAUUCUUUCGACUACCCCGUCGCGCCCGACCAGUAUGACUGGGGUCAGCUGUAUCCGGAGAUCGACGACCGGCAGGUGGAGUUCGCCGACAUCGGUUGCGGGUACGGCGGCUUUCUGGUGACUCUGGGUGAAACUUACCCGGACAAGCUGGCACUCGGCAUGGAGAUACGGGUGAAGGUGUCUGACUACGUGAUGGAUCGUAUCAAGGCGUUACGGUUGGCACACCCGGGGGUGUACGGCAACAUUGCGUGCGUCCGCACGAAUGCGAUGAAGUACCUGCCAAACUUUUUCCAAAAGCACCAGCUGGAGAAGCUGUUCUUUCUGUAUCCGGAUCCACACUUUAAGAAGGCGAAGCACAAGUGGCGCAUCAUCAAUUCGACUCUGCUGAGCGAGUACGCUUAUGUACUGCGACCGGGUGGCAAAGUGUACGUAGUAACCGAUGUGCACGAUCUAUACGAUUGGAUGUGCAAACAUAUCCAGGAGCAUCCGUGUUUCGAGCGGUUGCCGGAGGACGACAUUCGGAAUGAUGUCCUGGCACCGAAGCUCCUCGACAGCAGCGAAGAAGGGAAGAAAGUGACGCGAAACGAGGGCGACAAAUUUAUGGCCAUCUUCAGGCGGUUGUGAGUGCGGUCGAUUUUUGCUGCAAUAAACGCAAUAAACAAUC